GGUGUUAUAAAUUUUAUUGAAUAAAAAUCGGUGAUAGUGAGGAAGACAUUUUGAUCCAGGUGAUUUAAAAUAAUUUAUUUUUUGUUAAUCAAAAUUUUCUGCCAUUUAUAAUUGAUAAACGAUUCAUCAAAUUUGAUCAAUGGCAUCCAUAUUAUCGCGUUCAUCAUCGAAAUGUUUGGCCAACAUAAAAAACAAAUCGAUUAAUUUGGUCAAUCAAAAGAACAAUGUCUCCUCCUACACGAAUGCCAAUAAUAAACGAAAAAUUCUAUUGGCUACGGCCGGUGUAUUUGGUGCUGGAACUGUCGGUUUAAUCUAUAGUCUACAUCAAUCGGUUAAAGCUAUUGAUAUCUAUUGUCAUCCACCUGAUUAUCCGUGGCCACAUUAUGGUAUUUUCAAAUCAUUUGAUCAUAAAGCAAUUCGUCGUGGUUAUGAGGUAUAUAAACAAGUUUGUGCGGCUUGCCAUAGCCUUAAAUUUGUUCGUUAUCGUGAAUUGAUUGGUGUUUCACAUACAGAAGAUGAAGCCCGUGCUGAAGCCGAAGAGAUACAAGUACAAGAUGGUCCAAAUGAACAUGGUAAAAUGUUCAUGCGACCGGGUAAACUAUCCGAUGCAUUUCCAUCACCGUAUCCGAAUGAAGAAGCUGCACGUGCUGCCAAUAAUGGUGCAUAUCCACCGGAUUUGAGUUAUAUUGUGCUUGCACGACAUGGCUAUGAGAAUUAUAUUUUCUCGUUGAUAACUGGUUAUCAAGAACCACCGGCCGGAUUUAUUGUCGGUGAAGGACAAUAUUUUAAUCCGUAUUUCCCCGGUGGUGCUAUUUCAAUGGCUCAAGCAUUGUAUGAUGAAGCAGUAGAAUAUUCAGAUGGUACACCACCAACAGCAUCACAAUUGGCUAAAGAUGUGACAACAUUUUUAGCAUGGUGUGCACAACCCGAACAUGAUAAACGUAAAAAAUUAUUAAUUGACUCUUUGCUUGUAUUGGGCGUGAUCGGUGCUGCACUAUGGUAUUGGAAACGACAUUUAGGUUCAACGAUUAAAUCGCGUAAAAUUCUUUUCCGUCAACCGCUGUCAUCAUCAUCGAAACCCAAAAAUUAGAUUACACAAA